AUGCCGUUCGCCGGGAUUGCCCUCGCGCCUCUCCUCGUCUCCCCUCUCGCGCCUCCCUCUCCCCGUGGCAGCGUUGCCGCCGUUUCUGCAGAGCCCGCGAGAAGGCGCCGCACUCUACGGCGAGUGCGGUGCCCCGCCGCAGCGGCGUCCGGCGGAGGCGAGCUUUCCCGCGCGACGCUGCUCUGGAGGGCGGCCAAGCUGCCCAUCUACUCCGUGGCGCUCGUGCCGCUCACCGUAGGGACUGCUGCUGCUUAUAACCAUGCCGGGUUGUUCUUUGCCAGGCGCUACUCUGGCCUCCUGGCUGCUGCUGUCCUUGUGAUCACAUGGCUCAAUCUGAGCAAUGACGUUUAUGAUUCAGAUACUGGCGCUGAUAAGAACAAAAAAGAAUCUGUCGUCAACAUUGUUGGCAGUCGGGCAUUGACACAAUAUGCAGCGAACCUUUCUCUUCUGCUCGGCAUUGGUGGGCUAUUUUGGGCCUUUGCAGAAGCAGGGGAUGUCAGGUUCAUCGUUUUGGUGCUAUGUGCAAUCCUCUGUGGUUAUGUUUACCAGUGCCCGCCGUUCCGAUUAAGUUACCGCGGCCUAGGCGAACCAUUAUGUUUUGCUGCAUUUGGCCCAUUGGCCACGUCAGCUUUCUACUUCUCAAACAGCAGCAGAAGCAUUUCAAGCGGGGCUGUGCUUCUCCCUCUCAGCAAAACAGUCGUAGCUUCAUCGAUUCUUGUUGGGUUGACAACCACCCUGAUACUCUUCUGCAGCCACUUUCAUCAGAUUGACGGAGAUAGGGCUGUUGGAAAGAUGUCUCCCCUGGUCAGAAUCGGCACCAAAACAGGCGCGACAUUAGUGACGGUUGGGAUCGGCGCCCUCUACACUCUCUUGGCUGCUUUCGGCAUAAGCAGAUGCCUCCCACCAUCCUGCAUUGUCCUUGGCGCCAUGACUCUCCCUCUGGGCAAAUGGGUUGUGGACUACGUGCAGAGGAACCAUGAUGAUGACACCAAGAUCUUCAUGGCCAAGUAUUACUGCGUGCGGCUGCACGCCUUGCUCGGGAUGGCCCUGGCUUCCGGUCUGGUGCUGGCCAGGAACGGCGUACUAGCCUGGCUGCAGCAUAUUUAUCUCACUGUCCAUAGCAAGUGA